AUGGUGAACUGGUUUUUGGUGGAUCAAACUGUUGCUCAAGUUGGAUUCUAUCUUACCACAUCGUCACAGUUCUUACUGAUCGUUCUCACAUUGUUUUAUGUGAGAAAAGAUCUGGGUGCUUACAAGUACUUAAUUGUCUUGUUUUCAAUGGUGGGAAUUGCGUUUGCAAGUUUGGAAUUUGUGUUGUAUCCGGUUCUUCACAAUUAUAAUGCUGGUCACAUAUUCUUCACAAAAUACCGUCCUUUUAAUGUUUCCAAUUUCAUUCUGACAAUUCUACUUGUGAUGUAUAGUGGAUUAUACUCAUUCACGAUUUCUUUUCUGGCUGUUCAAUUCACAUAUCGAUACGUUGCAGUGUUUCACACACAAUCUUUGAAAUUCUUCAACAAUUGGUAUUUUUUGCUCUCGGUUUUGUACGCUUCAUGGUUUGGAUUUCAAACAGCGAUAGGAUUGUAUAAAUUUGAUGAGGCAGAUGAAUACUCCAGAGAGUAUAUGCGACAGGUACUGGCUGAUGUCUAUGAUGUCUAUGGAAAUGCGUCAUGGCAACGGUCAACUUGUCAGUUGUGAUGGUUGUUCAAUAUGGAGUCAUGAUUUUUUGUGGAUCACGAUUGUACAAAGAAAUGGAGGAGAAGCUGAGCAUGCUGUCGCCGCAGGCAAGGAAGCUUCACAGACAAAUUUUCAAGACUUUGAUGCUUCAAAUAGUAACACCAACAAUUGUACUGUUCUCCCCGAUUAUUUAUAUCAUCAUGGUACCAUUUUUCGAUCUUGAGCUAAGCGUUCCUACCGGCACAGUUUUGUCCUGUUUAACCCUAUACCCUGCUAUUGACGCUUCCAUUAUCAUGUAUGUAAUUUCUGAUUACAGAAGAGCUGUCAAAAAU